UAAACCGCACUAGUCUAGGUGGAGGUUAUUUUGGGACGUUAUUCUAAUGAAUGUAUUGUAAAAAUUCCCUGUGCGAACACACACGGCUUUAAAAAAAGCAGUGAUGUGAAGGGUCGGCUCCAUCGGCUCAUCCCGCUGUAGCUAGUUAUUUCCCCCAGUGUGCUCUUUCUCUUUCCCUCUUUGUCUUUUAUGUGGAGAAGAUCGAUGGAGAAAUACUCACUUGUUAAAGUGAUCGGUGAAGGCUCGUUUGGCCGGGCCGUGUUAGUGCGGUGCAAAAGCAGUCAGGAAAAAUAUGUGGUGAAGGAGAUUCAGCUGCCAAAGAAUCAGUCCAAACUGGAGAAUUCGAGGAGGGAAGCCAUCCUGCUGUCCAGAAUGAAACAUCCGAAUAUUGUGGCUUUCAGGGAGGCAUUCGAGGCUGAUGAACUCCUGUGGAUUGUUAUGGAGUACUGCAGCGGAGGAGAUCUGCUCCAGAGGAUUAAACAACAGAAGUCAAACCAGUUCAGUGUUGAUAAUAUCUUGAAGUGGUUCGCUGAAAUGUGCGCAGGUGCAAAGCAUAUCCAUGAUCAGCGAGUUCUGCACAGAGAUCUGAAAUCCAAGAACAUUUUCCUGACAGAUAAUGGGACAGUCAAGCUUGGAGACUUUGGCUCAGCCUGUAUUUUGAAUAGCUCGAAGGCUUACGCUCAUGCAUAUGUUGGAACUCCGUAUUAUGUGGCACCAGAAAUCUGGGACAAUAAGCUGUACAACAAUAAGAGUGAUGUGUGGUCUCUAGGCUGCGUCCUGUACGAGCUCUGCACCCUGCGACACCCGUUCCAGGCAUCCAGCUGGAAGAGUCUGAUUCUUAAGGUGUGCCGGGGUGCAUACCCUCCCCUCCCCAGUCAUCUUCCUUAUGAGUUGCAGUACUUGGUCAAGCAGAUGUUCAAGACAAACCCAAAAGACAGACCGUCCCUGCACACCAUCCUGACCUCUCACAGGGUUUCUAAACUCUUGCGUACACACCUGCCCUCCCAGGCCUCAGAGAGGGAGGAGCAGGCGAGGCAUACAGGUCGAUGGAACAGAGAGGAGGGAAAGAAUGUGGCUCGUCUUCUGGGAGAGAAGAGUUUAAUAAAAACAUCAACAUCUGAAGGUAUGGACUUACCAAAAAGCUGCUUCGAAAGCAGAGACCCCGCCCCUCGAAAGCAGUGGUCUACUGAGCCAUCAGACACCGUGCUGCAGGUGUUAGCUAAUGCCAGUCUGGUUUCAUCUGACAGUAUGACAUCAACUGGCCAGACCUUCACUAGUUCUACUCAUGAAGGGGAGCCAGAGGACAGCAGGCAGAGAAGACGAUGGGAAAGGAAUCCUCCUGAGAGGCUUCUGAGUCUGCUGGAGAAGGCUCAGCUGAGCAAAGCCUCCAGCACCUUCAUAAUAAACAGAGGUGAAGACCCUCUGUUGGGACCCCUCUCCCAUCCUCAGGGUGAUGACACGGAUGGGCCCGAACAAGAGCUGGUUAUAGACGAGGACCGACUGCAGCCACGCUCUGAUGAUGAAGACACGGACUUUGAAGAGGAAUCUCCAUGUGACUGGAUGGAUGAAGCUGAGAAAAUAUUUUUGGAACACUAAGACCUUUUUCCUUCUGAGCCUGUAAAAAAGGCAAGGUUAACUUUUAAAAGCUGCAACAAGACACUAAAGUUUUAACUGUGUUUUUGUUUUUUCCAGCUUGCUGUCAGAAAAUUUUGUGCACAUAAAGAUGUUUGGAAGUUUUGUGUGCUCUGUUUAAUCAGUUGUCUUCGCCUCAGGUUAGCAGUGAUAAACAUUCCUUGCAAUUUGAGGCCACUGGGAAGCUUCUGUUUGGCUUGUUCGGAAAACAGGAAAUAUUAGAGUCAGAAAGGUUAUGUCUCCAUGCAGUCACACCAAUUUGAGCCUGCCUGCACCUUUUGAAGUCUGUUUCUUUUGCAAUAUCAAAAGCAGACUAAACAUCUUGUUGCUGUUAUAUGGCUUUUAUUCUUGUGACUAAACAAACCACAUAUCUGGCAUUUUCAGCUGCUUUGUUGUUUUUCAUUUUCUAGUGAGUGCUUACAGGGCCCAUCCUUCCUGCACUCUAUUUGGUUUAUGUACCACUAGGUGGAGUUGGAAUCCCUUUGGGAUCCCAUUGUGUAGAAUGGGAAAAGCUAUCGUGUGGUUCAGAUCAGGGUAAUUAAAGUUUGGUAAAAUAAACUAAAAACUAAAAUUAGAUGUGAAAAAAUGUGCUUAGGUAACAAAAUAAGAUUAAAAACCAGACUUAUGGGAAAAGAAAAAAAUAACUGAAAUGGUUUUGUGAACUUGGAAGACUAACCAAAAUAAAAUAAAAUAUGGGAAAAUAUGUAGAAAAUAGCUUUAGUUUCAGACUUUCUUUGUUUGGUAAAAUUUGUUAUCAGUUCCCCUGAUGAGGCUUUGAUGGACUUGUUUAUUGAGACUUUGUAUUCUUAUAAGAUGUCUGUCAACUGCUUUCAUAAAGUGUUUUUUUUUUUAAAUUCCCGUGCUGAUUUUCCUCAGUUUACCUCUGACAUAUGCACUCCAUACUUAUCUUAACACUGACCAAAAAAAAGAAGCAAUUUUCAAACAAAACAAAACCCGAACUGAAACAAGCAAACCCACUC